AUAAAAAGGAGCUAAUGAACCGGUUGGCAAAUUCAAUGCUACGGAGGGUUAACAAGUAAAAGUUCAUCGGGGUAGCUGCAUCCUCCCAUCUUUCUUUCCCCCUUUAAAUUGCUCCAACUUCUUCCCACAAUUGCAACUCAUUAACUCUUUUCCCACCCUUUCAUUCGUUUUGUUUUAAUUUCAAAAUCGAAAAUACUACCAAUUUUUGUUGAGUUAUUCACCCCAAAGUUUUGUUUUCUUGGUUUUCAGCAGUUUUUUUUUUUAUCUGGGUUUUGUUUUAGGCUUCAUAUUGGAUUUGUAUUAUAGCAAAAAGAUGGCAGCAGAGAGUAGGCAAAGCUCGAAUCCAGAGCCUGUACAGGUUCAAACAGCUUCCUUAGAAGAAAGAAGAUCAAACAAUAAUCUCCCAAACUUUCUUCUUUCAGUAAGGCUAAAAUAUGUGAAGCUUGGCUACCAUUACUUAAUCUCUAACGCCAUGUAUUUAAUGCUAGUACCUCUCGUAGGCAUUGCUUCAGCUCAUCUUUCCACGAUUACUUUCCUUGAUUUUGUUCAACUAUGGGACCAGCUCAAGUUCAAUCUUGUCUCGGUAACCCUAUGUUCAGGCCUUUUAGUUUUUUUGGCCACACUUUACUUCAAGAGCCGCCCCAGGAAAGUCUAUUUGGUUAAUUUUGCUUGUUACAAGCCUGAAGCAGAACGUACUUGCACCAGGGAGAUGUUCAUGGAAAGAUCUGGUCUCAUAGGGAGCUUCACCGAAGAUAACUUAGCUUUUCAAAAGAAAAUCCUUGAGAGGUCUGGUUUGGGGCAGAAGACCUACUUUUCUGAGGCUCUGUUGCGUGUCCCACCAAACCCGUGCGUGGCGGAGGCCAGGAAGGAGGCUGAGACAGUUAUGUUUGGAGUCAUUGAUGAACUCUUGGCGAAAACUGGUGUCAAGGCUAAGGAUAUAGGAAUCCUUGUGGUGAAUUGCAGCGUGUUCAAUCCUACACCAUCUCUUUCUGCCAUGGUUGUGAACAGAUACAAGCUUAGGGGGAACAUUUUGAGCUACAAUCUUGGUGGAAUGGGCUGCAGUGCUGGGCUCAUUUCUAUAGACCUUGCCAAGCAGUUGCUACAGGUACACCCCAACUCUUACGCCCUAGUGGUAAGCAUGGAGAACGUUACUCUCAACUGGUACUCUGGCAACGACCGAUCUAUGCUUGUCUCAAACUGCCUCUUCCGUAUGGGUGGCGCUGCAAUCCUUCUCUCCAACAACUCCUCCGAUCGCCGCCGCUCCAAGUAUCAACUUAUUCACACCGUACGAACCCACAAAGGGGCUGACGAUAAAUGCUACAACUGUGUCUUCCAACGCGAGGAUGAUACCAAAAGAAUUGGCGUUUCCCUCUCAAAAGACCUCAUGGCUGUUGCUGGAGAAGCUCUUAAAACCAAUAUCACCACCCUGGGGCCAUUAGUUCUUCCCAUGUCCGAGCAACUCCUGUUUUUUGCUACUUUGGCUGCAAGGAAAGUCUUCAAAAUGAAGAUCAAACCCUACAUCCCAGAUUUCAAAUUGGCUUUCGAGCAUUUUUGUAUUCAUGCAGGAGGGAGAGCUGUGCUAGAUGAGCUUGAGAAAAACCUUGAUCUCACGGAUUGGCACAUGGAGCCAUCGAGGAUGACUCUUUACAGGUUUGGGAACACUUCAAGCAGUUCUUUGUGCUAUGAACUAGCUUAUUCUGAAGCCAAAGGAAGAAUCAGAAAAGGUGAUAGAACGUGGCAGAUCGCUUUUGGGUCAGGAUUCAAAUGCAACAGUGCGGUUUGGAAAGCCUUGAAGACCAUCAAUCCAGCCAAGGAGAAGAGUCCAUGGAUUGAUGAGAUUGAUGACUAUCCUGUUCAUGUGCCUAAGGUGGCAACAGUUUGUUCUUCCUAAACCAUAAUUUUCAUUGAGAGAGAGAAUUUAAUUAGUAAUUAAUAGUAUGGUUUAAUUUAUACAUGGUUAAUGUGUGUUAAUUUGAAGGUUAAUUCCAAGUUAAAGACGAAAAAGACCCAUUCCAUCACCUUUUUUCAUUUUCAAUUUUUUAGGGUUAUGAAAACAAAUUGAUCAAUGAAUGUAAGAUUUGAUGAAAAUAGCUAUCUCGGUAUCAUGAGACAUCCAUACGGCAAAACAAAAUGAGCCCAUUUAACCUUUAAGUUAAGAAUUACACUAAAUGGAUGUUUAUGCAGUAUUGACACGACAUAUUUAUCAUUUCAUUACGUUUUUAAUGAUGAUGGACGGAAUGAAUGAAUUUAAAAUAUU